AUGCAGGACCGUCUUACUGACAUGGCAAUUGGAAAUGUGCUUUCUAAUGCUGUCAACAUUGGGUACCGUCUGAAUUUGUUCAAGGCGAUCGCUGAAAUUUCCAGCCCAGAAAAUCCGGUGCUUCCGGAGCAAAUUGCUGAAAAAGCUGGAUGCAAGGAGAGAUACGUUCGCGAAUGGUGUAACACUUUGGCAUGUGGGCAUGUUCUUGAAGUUAAUGAGGAGGAAAAAUUCUGGAUUGCCAAGGAGAACUUGGAGUCUUUGACCACUGACAACUUUCCACUCAUCUACAACGCCAUGCUCACCACUAUUCUCCGCCCUAUCGAUAAUCUAAUCGAAUGUUUCAAAAAAGAUGGGCCGUACGGUCUGGACUACGCGGUCUACUCGGAUUUUGAAGAAAUGCAACAAAUGUUUGCGAAAACUACCAGCGAGGGUUAUGUGAUUUCUUCAAUGAUCCCAGAUGUUGGUCAUGGAAUUCAAGAAAAACUAGAAGCUGGAAUCCGUGUUCUUGAUGUCGGGUGUGGUGGAGGUCUUCAUGUUCGCUUGCUCGCCGAGCAUUUUCCAAACUCCAAAUUCGUUGGAUUGGAUAUCACUCAGAAAGCAAUAGAAGCGGCUAGAUUGGUGAAGAAAUCAGAUGGUACUGCUUUUAAGAACGUGGAGUUUGUUGUGGGAGAUGCUGGAAGUAUGCCGAAGAGCUACACGGAUUCGUUCGAUUUGGUUCUCUUGUUUGGGUCUUGUCACGAUCAGAUGAGACCGGAUUUGUGCAUGCUGGAAGUUCAUCGCGUCGUCAAACCAGACGGAUGGGUGGUUGUCACUGACGUCGACGGCUCCAGCAAUGUUCACACGGACCGUGAAACUUUUGGAAAAAUGGCGGCGAUGAAGUAUGGUGGAUCAAUGCUCCAUUGUCUUCCAGUUGGCAGCAAUGCUCCGGAAGCUCUGUGCUGUGGAUCCAUGUGGGGACGAAAACGGGCGGUCGCUCUGAUGAAUCAAUGCGGAUUCGAUGAUGUGGAAGUUAAAGCUAUGAAUUGUUCGCCAGGCAGUGUUCUGUACAUCAUGAAGAAAUAG